AACUCGUACACUCCAACUAUGAAUUUUUAGGCCACGUGCUUUGCAAGUCCAACGCGAUUGGGGCGCUUGCAACCUGUCGUUUGAAACCUGGGGUGGUACAGUGUACGAGUGCGUGCUGACUUCCCGCGUGACAUUACAGGAAAGGAUUUAUUAAAUUACUUGGAUGAUGUUUGUCGCGCGCAGCAUCGCAGCAGAUCACAAAGAUCUGAUCCACGAUGUUUCCUACGACUUUCACGGACGGAGAAUGGCUACGUGUUCCAGCGACCAAAGCAUUAAGGUGUGGGACAAAGGUGAUGAUGGAGAAUGGAACUGCACAGCUAGCUGGAAAACACACAGUGGCUCGGUUUGGAGAGUGACAUGGGCUCAUCCAGAGUUUGGACAGGUGUUGGCAUCUUGCUCCUUUGACCGUACUGCAAUAGUAUGGGAGGAAAUUGUUGGCGAGUCCAAUGACAAGCAUCGAGGACAAAGCCACUGGAUAAAAAGGACCACACUUGUGGACAGUCGUACCUCUGUGACUGAUGUGAAGUUUGCACCGAAGCACAUGGGUUUGAUGUUGACUACAUGUUCUGCGGAUGGGGUGGUGCGAAUCUAUGAGGCACCCGACGUAAUGAAUCUAAGCCAGUGGUCCCUGCAGCAUGAGAUCUCUUCUAAAUUCCCUUGCUCUUGCAUCUCAUGGAAUCCUUCCAGUUCUCGGGCUCACGCACCUAUGAUUGCUGUAGGUAGUGAUGAAAGCAAUGUGACGUAUGGUGGCAAAGUUCAGAUAUAUGAAUAUAAUGAAAUGACAAGAAAAUAUGGCAAAGCUGAGACGCUGGUGACGGUUACAGAUGCAGUACAUGACGUUGCAUUUGCCCCAAAUCUGGGGCGGUCUUUUCAUGUGCUUGCCGUUGCCACCAAAGAUGUGCGCAUCUUCAAAUUGGUUCCCCUUCGAAAGGCAGAAACGUCCGCUUCGCUCACCAAAUUUGAAGUGCAGGUGCUGGCCCAGUUUGACAGUCAUAACUCUCAGGUGUGGCGUGUGAGUUGGAACAUUACUAGUACACUCCUGGCUUCCUCUGGUGAUGAUGGCUGUGUGAGACUCUGGAAAGCAAACUACAUGGACAAUUGGAAGUGCACGGGUGUUCUAAAGGGAGAUGGUAGUCCUGUGUUUGGGACAUCUAAUCAGCCUGCUGCUCUUAGCACGUUCAUGGGCUCUGCUUCUUUACAGAAUGCUUUCAAUGGGACCACUGGAAGAUAGAUCCUGUAUUUCAGAACCAAUAUGAAGAUAUUUGGUGCUCAUGUACUGCACCAUGGGAGAUUGAACUGAUCCCUGGGACCAACUGAUCGUGCUUGCUGGACAUGUAGAGCGACGGGCACUUGCUUUAACGCUGGUAUAUAGAAGAACAGUUAUAUAGUGAGAGUGCCAUUUUGUUUACUUCUGUCAUUGUGUGAUUUCAUUUUUUAUUACGAAGUUCAAAUAAAUGGUUUAAAAAUAUACUGGUGAUGCAUUUUAGCAUGCAUGCAUUUUAUUUCCGGUUUGUGGAGACCAUUGCAUAGUUUUUUAUCCCCAUUAACUAUUUAACAUUCUUUUGAAUGUUUAUUUCAUAUGUUUAAGUUUCAAAGCCUUUAUUAUUCUGAAAAUAAUAUCUGUGCUGGACCAAACUUUUGUUUUAGUUUAUAAUUUUGCAUCUAUUCAUUUCAGAAGCAAACUUCAAUGUUCUGUUUCUUCAAAAAAUUAAAAUGGUGGUUUUAGCUUUUUAUGAUAAUGAGGAAGGUGUGCUGCCUUUUGCAAUGAAAAUCAUGUUGGUAUAAUUAUGAUGUGUGCAUGAAUGAUGGAUAUAAUUAAUAAAAAAUUUAAAAAUUAGGUUUAAGCCCAACAGUGCAUGCCAAGUAUUUACAAUCCUCUCUUAUCAUGACUUGGUCAUAAUAAUCUUUUAUGAAUUGAAGAUGACAAAUCUGGUUUAAUAUGUUGAUUUGUUAAUAAUACAUAAAACUAGUUUGGGCCUUUACUGUAUAUGUUUUAACCCUUUAACUGCCUGGGUUUUAUAUUCAUAGUUUAACUGAUCCGAAAUUCUCAGCAAAUAAUACUUUCUGUCUAAGAAAAUCAUUAACAAAAACCGACAGUCAGAUGACAGCAAAGUACCGCAACAGUUGCGGUACUUUGUCGUCAUCCGCCUGUCGAUUCUUGCAGCGCCGCAUGAAGUCGAACAACACUUUUGUCUUUAACAUCCACCUAAGAAGUGCUGUUGAUUGACACUCUGACAUCUAGUGGAUUUUUUGGCAAAAAUCAAAUAUUUUGACUAAAAUGUGCUUAACCAUUAGGUUGAGAGGUGGUUAAAGGGGUCAUAUUAUGAGUUUUUUUUUAAAGAUGUAAAAUAAGUAUUUGGUGUCCCUUUAGUGGGUAUGUAAAGUUUUAGUUCAAAAUACCCCAAAGAUAAUUUAUUAUAGCAUGUUCGAAUUUCCACUUUUUAGGCACAAGCCAAAAAGUAUUGUUUUGGGUGUGUCCUUUAAAAUGCAAAAGAGCUGAUUAAAUGCAAACACUGAUCGCAAUGGUGGUGGAUUGUUGAACUUUAAUCUCAAUUGUGCUGUCAAUUAUUUUUUCUUUCUGCACUAAAUGGCAAAGCUGUGGUUGGAUAGUCCAGAUUAAGGGGUGGUAUUAUAAGAUCCUCUUCUGACAUCACAAGGGGAAACAAUUUUCUUUUACGUUACUGGGUUGUACUUUUACACAUUUUCUAGGUUGAUAGAAGCAGUCAGAUUUUCAUGUCCACUUUGUUAUAGUGCUUUUACUGCUCUGUAAACAGUGUCUAUUUCAAAUGUGGUCUAGUAAAGUACAGUGAAGUUGAAGUUUAGUAAACAGCUGGGUAUCACAGCUGUUCUCUCAGCUGCUAUCUGAUGCUACAUAUUUCACAAAAUCCUUAUGCUUCUAAUUUUUUGUUUCAAAAUUGGAGCUGUACUUACAACCAAGUACGGCUUCAUGGAUCCUCGUCAUGUUAUGUCUUCUGUAUAAAUGUAAAUGUUAAAUUUUUUUAAUGUAUGCGUUUCGCAGACGCUUUUAUUACACAGCGAUAUUUUUUAAGAUAAUUUGUGUUUAAUCGUACAGCUAUUAAAGUCUACUGU